AUGGAGAGAUUCACGCGCAAUAAACUACUGCCACAAUUACAUGGAAAAAUCGACCCGCGACAGUUUGCGCGUAGAGGCCACUCGACAACAGAUGCUCUUCUAUUCAUGUUACAAGCCAUUUACGAGGAAGUAGAUUGUGCUCAUCUAGGAGCCCGGGUCUUCUUCGCUGACUUCUCGAAAGGCUUUGAUCUAAUUGACCAUAACAUCUUAAUGACUGAGUUGCGAAAACUAGAGGUUGAUCCCGCGCUCAUCAGUUGGAUUGCGGCGUUCCUAACAGACAGAGAGCAGGCAGAGAGUAUGCCUCAGGGAACAAAACUAGGAGUGAUACUUUUCACAAUAAUGACAAACAAUCUUUCAGCUGAUUGGCAUUUGAGAGUCAAGUUUGUGGAUGAUAUGUCUGCCACAGAAAUACUACCCAGGAACUCUAUCAGUCUGCUCAAUUCGAUUGUAUCUGACAUUCACAAAUUCUCUAUGGAUCCCAACAUGAGUCUAAACUCUAUUAAAUGUAAAGAGAUGUUAAUUAACUUUAUGUCAUAUCCUAACUUUACUCUCAGACCAUUAGUUGUUGGUAACAACUGUAUAGAACGUGUAUCGACUUACAAGAUUCUAAGAGUAUUUAUCGAUAGCGACCUUAGGGUGGAAUAG